CGUUAGCUCAUUGUUAUUCUGCCCGAGUGAAUGAGGGAGGGAGAGAGAGGGUAUAGCCUAGCGAGGCAGAGAGUGAAAGAGAGGGUACAUUGUCAGAGGGAGGGAGAGUGGCUGAGAGGUUCGGGUCCUGCGGUUCUAACGGUGGGGAGCGGCUGGGUUCAGUUGGUCCGGUGGUGAUUUUACAGGCCGGGGUGUGCGCGUGAAGGCAUGUUGAUAAUCGGCUCAACAAUGAGGAGAGGUACAGAACGGCACCAAAAAUCUGACCCCGAUUCGUGUGAGUAAAGGGUGAAAGAGGGAAGGAGAGAGGAAAAAGUGGAGAGAGAGAGAGAGAGAGAGAGAGAGAGAGAGAGAGAGAGAGAGAGAGAGAGAGAGAGAGAGAGAGAGAGAGAGAGAGAGAGAGAGAGAGAGAGAGAGAGAGAGAGAGAUGAGAGAGAGAGAGAGAGAGAGAGAGAGAGAGAGAGAGAGAGAGAGAGAGAGAGAGAGAGAGAGAGAGAGCAGCCAAAGGGUGGAGGGGCAGACUUAGAUUUAGUGCGCUGGUGGGUGAAACAUCCCCCACUAACAGAGGGAAAGUAAUGGAAAGAAAAGACGUGUUCAUGAACAAUCAGUCUCGCGGCAUUUUGUCAUCGGCGUUUCGAUAAUGAGUUCGGGAAAGGGGUUUGUCUGCUGUUGUAAAGCCUAAGGCUCUUGACUCGAGGGAAACGGAGAGGACAGCACCUGUCUAACACACACAGACACACACACACACACACUCACUCACUCAUACACACCACGGACGAGAAGCAGCAUGUCACGCACUGAAGAGGUCAACAAGAUGACGGAAAAUGUGUAUAAGGGGAUUCUGGACCAGUUCAACCCCAGUCUUAAGAACUUUGUGACCAUGGGGAAACACUAUGAGAAAGCUCUGACUGGGGUAACAGUGGCUGCCAAGGGCUACUUCGACGCUCUGGUGAAACUGGGAGAACUGGCCAGCGACAGUCAGGGGUCCAAGGAACUGGGAGACACUCUGUUUCAGAUGGCGGAGGUUCACAGGCAGAUUCAGGUGCAACUGGAGGAUGUGUUGAAGCUCUUUCACUCCGAGUUGCUCACUCAGCUGGAACAGAAGUUGGAACUGGAUAUCAAAUACCUAACAGCCACGCUGAAGAAGUACCAGUCUGAGCGAAAGUCGAAGACUGAGUCUAUCGAACGCUGUCAGUCUCAGCUGAAGAAGCUUCGCAGGAAGAGUCAGGGCAGUCGUCACCCCAACAAGUAUGGAGACAGAGAGAUGCAGUACGUUGAGCUGAUGAGCCGUCGACAGGGCGAGCUGGACACCCUCGUUGCCGUGGGCUACCGCUCGGCCCUGACGGAGGAGAGGAGGCGUUACUGUUUCCUGGUGGACAGACAGUGUGCCGUUACCAAGCUGCUCAUCAACUACCACUGCAAGGUGAGAGAGCUCCUGUCUCAGAAGCUGUCGUCGUGGCAACUGUCCUGCUCCCAGCCCACGCGCUUGCCGGAGCGGGCGUUGAACCUGCUGCGCCACACCGCCCCGCAGGGCCCCGGGGCUUCUGGGAUAGCGGAGCUCCUUCGCCACGCCAAACUGGGCACCGCCCAGCCAGAGCAGAGGUUGUCAGUACAGGAAGUCCCUCCCCUGUCAAAUGGAGACUCAAGCGGUCGCUCCCAGCAACAGCGUCCGCUCCCCCCCUCCUCUCAGAGUGACUCCCCGCCCCCUCAGCGCUCCCCCGGGCCCCAGACCUUCCGCCCCCUCCCCGCCUCCGGGGGCGCCACAGGGGGAGACCCCCCCCAACAUAGCAGCUCACCCAUCAGCGCUACAGCUAGCCCCCCUGCCAACAGCUCCACCAGUGCUAACCCCAGCCUGGCUACAUCCACCCCGACGUCCUCUGGGGUUUCCAGUCAGUCCCAGCAGAGCCCUCUGCUGCUGGCCACCAGCAUCUCCAACCUGUCCCCCAGUCUCAUCCCCUCCACAGUGCUCUCCCUCAGCCAGGUCUCCCCAGCUUCCCACAGCUCUCUGCACGGCCUCACCCUCCCUCUGUCCCAGAGUGCCCCCCACAGUCCUCCACUGCCCCACAGUGCACCUCUCUCCAGGGCCAUGACCCCUGUGCUCUCCCCGCACCAGCACGGGGCCCUCAGCGGAGGAUACGCCCCGUCUCCAUCCCAUAAUGCCACGCUGAUGAAAGCGGCGGAGGUGUAUGCCACGGCCACGUUGCCGUUGCCCAGGAGACCCGCCAGCGAGGCGCGGAUGAGUGGCUUUAUGGGCUCCACUCUCCCCAGAGUGCUCCCCCUCUCCGGGCCCACGCGUGUGGAGGCCAUGUUCCCCCACGGCCCCGGGGGGUCAGAGGGUAGCGGAGGGGGCGGGUCCUGCUUACUUCACUUCCUCCCUGGCGAUGGCAUCCACCUCCUCAUCUCUGAGCCCAGGGACGGUUGGCACUACGGUCAGAAUGAGCGGACUGGACGAAAAGGCUGGUUCCCGUUCUCCUACACUCAGCCGUACCAGAGCACCCUGGACCGCCUGGACCACAGCUCCCUGCUGCUGUACAAAGCCAACAGCACCAGCACAGGCCAGCUGGACAAGCUGGUGUCCCCUUCCCUCACCCCAGAGUCCGAGGAGGAGCACUCCAUACCCCCACAGAGGGUCAGCACCUUCCGUCCGCGUCCUUACAGCAUGGCCGACACUAACCCAGUCAGCCUGAGGGCCAAGGGCACUGGUCCAGGGCCAGAGUGGACUGGACCUGCUUACCGACCCACCCUGUCGAUGCUAAUGCAAGAGCUCACCUCAGACUUUGGCUCUCCGCCUCCCUCUCCGACCAGGACCAAUCCAUUUGCUCAUGUUCGACUCAGGAAAACGGUGACCAACGAUCGCUCGGCACCAAUCAUCGAGUAGGACAGAGCCUCUGGGAGCCAAUGGAGAGCCAGUGAAACAUUCAGAUGUAUUUUCAUUUUGUUCUCAGUAUGGAUGCAAAUCAGUGACAUAAUGUUUUUAAUUUUAAAAGGUAUUGAAUAUUUAAUAUUGAAACACCACCGAAUUUGUUGGUUUUGAAUUCAUCUCUUUAAAAUUGAAAUACCUAUUUAUUUCAAUGUUAAAAAUAAAAUUCAGGUUGCUCAAAUUUGAACAGUAAAAUUCAGAUCCCAAAAAGUCAAACUAAAAAAAUUCAAGCUUCAGAAAUUAAAAUAGAAGUAAAUUCAGGCUGCUCAAAUUCGAAUUGUGAAAUUCAGAUCCAAAAAAUUAUCCCAUCAUUCAACAUGAUGGGAUACCAAGGAAUUUAUUGCCUCAAACCGGACCUCUCUCCUCAGACCCCGGUCUGUGAUUGUAUGACUGAUCUGCAUGUAAGUAUGUUUGCUACACCUGGAUGAGAGGGGCCUGAGGAGAGAAUUUGAGCAACCUGAAUUUCCGAACCUUGAAUUUUUGGAUCAGACUUUUUUUUUUACAUUGAAUAAAUAAAUAUUUCAAUUUUAAAGAGUUGAAUUCAAAACCCCCAAAAUGGGUGGUGUUUAAAUUUCAAUAUUAAGUAUUCAAUGCUUUUAAAAUUCAAAACAUUGUCACUGAUUUACUCAGAGGUCAAUUGCUAUAUUGAGCCUAACAUGGAACGUUGAAAUGAACAUAUUAUGGUGAUUCAAUUUGAUUUUAGUUUUAGGAUGUCUUGGUUUUAAGUGUUAAAAGGUGCCACAGGCUAGUCAUGAUAACACAUUUGAGAGCUGAUCUACACCAGUUCGAUGAAUGAAAUCUCAACACAUGGACAGGUCUAAGUUGGUUGUAUUGUAGAGUCAAAAGCCAAUUACAUUUUGGAACAAACUUAAGCUUUAUAACAAUAAAUGAUCAUAGUCAUUAAACUGGUGGAUCAUAGAAGGAAAAUAUAUUGUGCCUAUUGUUGACAGCUAUCGGAGAAAUACAAAAAAAGAGUAAAAAGAUUGAAUUAAAUUAAAUUAAAAAAUCCCCUGAUUAACGUGAAAAGGUUUGAGACAUAUAGCCACAGAUUAUAAAUUAUGUUUGUGGUGUUAAGUAACAGACAUCUGAUUUCACCAUCUACUUUAUUUAGUUAGAUGAUUCAGCACUAACAUGAAAAAAACAUGGUGCGUUUCUGCGUCAUCUAUUAUGUUACCUUUUGUGUAUUAUUUUACAACAGUUUUCUUUCUUUCACAUUUUAUUCAUUUUUACAUUUUUCACAAACUUCAACCAUUUUUUAAAUAUCCUUGCUAGUUCCUAUUUAUGGUGUUCCGUAGUUGCGGUUCUAGUUAGAAUGUGGUUUCAGGGACUGAUUCUUGAUGGCAGGAUCUAUUGGCAGUAAUAGCUCAUAUGUAUGCUAUCAUGUUUUGUUUUCAUUUUCAAGUGUUUUAUAAAAGGACAGGUUCCUAUUACAUGUUGACAUUAUGCAGGAUUCAUGCCUUGCUGUUUAUGCAGAAAUGGUAAAAUCACUGUUCUCUUCUGAUUAAGGUGUCCCGUGAACUUGAGAUGUGUUCAUGAACAACUUUUAAGUAUUUUGUUAAUCUAAAGUGUUUUUAAAAUCAAGAUGUUGUUGGAUUGGAAAGUUUUGCUCUUUGAAAUAACACCUACUUGGAGCACUUUUAGUUUUCUAACAGGGGAAACAAACAGAAAUGAGAAACCCUUGGCGAUGUGUUUGGUCUACAGAAAGAUGUUUCCAGAAGGAGGAGGAUGGAGCCUGUAUGAACUCUGUGGUAGAGAACGUGAACAUAGUUUGACAGAUGGAUGUGCUAAGGAACUGUGGUGAAUUAAGUGGAUGCUUUGCAUUACUUUAAGUAGGUCGGGGAAACUGGCAACAGGUUAAAGGAUUUACGUGAAAAAAUGUAAGGGUCUCAGCGCUUGUCUUUGCGUUUCACCAGUGUCUUCUCAAUUCAUUUUAUAAACUGAUUGUUGACACCUAGCUGAUCUUAGUUGCAUGUUUACCAAUGGCAAACUACACAGAACCUACCAGAAGGAUGUGAGGGUCAAGAGUGAUGAUAAGAUUGUGUUUACGGUGAAAGGAAUCUUAGGAAGUGAUGAAGAAUGUAUACGGGAAGUUGAAAAGUGUGUGAGCAAGUAUAUGUACAAGUAGUAUUUUUCGUCUCUUACUCUAAGAUCUCUGUUGUCGUGUCUUUUAGUAAAUCGGAGUUUGAAAAUAACGAUUUAAUAGAAAUGUGAAAAUUAGGAAUUUUAGAUAAGUUUUAGAUGUGUUUGUUUUGAUUUCCAAUUAUGUUAUACAUUAAAAUGUUUUUCCAGUAUUUACAUAUUGGCAAAGAAAUGAAACAAAUUUGUUCUUAUCUUUUGGUAACUUGUAGCAUUUCAUAAUAUUGCAUGCCAGUUUCCAAUGACAGCUGUUUUUCUAUUGGUAUUCUAACAGUUAGUAAAUAGGCUGAUUUGAAAAAGAAUGAUUGAUUAUAGUGAGAUCACACAUGUAUAAUGUAAAAAGUGCUCAAAUAUCUGAACUUACAUAACUAGCCUUAUAUCUUUCCUAACGUUGCACCUUUUAAAGGAGUCAAAACAUGCAAAUGUUGAAAACUGCCUUGUUAUUGUAGUCCUAUUUUCCCAACCUAUGUUGGAACAGACAAUUCUCUCAAGUCUACUCCAGUCAGUUCUGUUUUGAUUGUAAAUUGUAUGUUUUCAAAUCUUCAAAGGGUGGUUUUACCAACAGUGGCUUCAUAUCAAAAACUGUCUCAUCAGGUUUUCAAGGGCUGACUUUCAAAACAGCUGAUAUGUUCUGUCCUGACAGUAAAUUAUUCAACAUACAAAUUAAGUAAUUGCUAGGUAUUGGAACAGGCCCAACUAUGUUAGCAAAUGUUAGUUUUUUAAAGUAAAGAGCUAUGAGAGGUUGAGAUUAACCAGGGCACUGUUCAAGAAUAAGACAACUUUUAUUUAGAAUGUGUUGAUGGUUGCAUGGCUACAUCUGUUAAGCUCCCAAAGACGACAGUAUGAAAUAUCAAUGCUGAGUGUCCUUUGCCAGAUCUUGCAUUGAAUAGACUGAAUUGAUGGUCACAGUAACAUAAUUGUGAUGUUUUGGAAUCUCAACAUGUUAUUGUAGAGUACUGACUUGUACACAAGGUUCUUACAUGCAAUCAUUGUAUUUUUUGUUUUCAGAAGAAAUUUAAUAAACACUUUAAUUACUA